GCUUUUCUCAGCAUCACAUUCCUGGGUUUUCCUUCAGCCUGGAAAAUAUAUUAAUGCCAGUGUUUUUUUUCUCUGGGAACAAAGGAGCCAGUCCGAGUGAUAAGAAGGAUUGUGGAACUUGGAAAGAGGGAGAGAUUUAGAAACAGCUGUGAGUUCACUCUUCCAUGAAGUUUCUGUGUGUGUGUAUGACUGAGACAGAGACAAUACAGACCUGCAGGUAAAUGGAGAAGCAAAGCUUGCAAAGGAAAGUUCCUUUUGCUUUAUCUCACUUGUCAAGAAGGUGAAAGAAAAAUAAAAAGAUCCAUAGGGAAACAAGAAUUUCCUGGAGGCUGCUUGGCUACAUCAAAAUUACUGAGGUGCAGCAAAACUACAUGGCAUUGCUCUCCCUGUAAAGAUAGGGCUAAGAUACACAUAUCUGGAAGAGAAACUUUUCUGAGUGUUGGAUUUCACAAUGAACUGGAUGCCAGUUCUGAGUUUAGCUGUGCUGUGGGCAGUGUGGCUAGUAUGUGGUGCUGAGAAGACCGUGAGGCUAGCAGACAGAGUGAGCCAAAGAGUUAGGAAAGUGCGUCCCACAUACAGGGCUAGAAGUGAAUUGCCCUCCCUCCUGAGAAAGUCAGAAGCAUCCCAGCAGAGCAGAAGCCCUUUGGUGAGGAAUCUCCAGCGUCCUGUUGCCAAGAGGGAUUCUCCAGUGUCAAUUAAUGCGCAACCCAAUCUUAUGAGAGCAGAAACACUCACCCAGGCAAGGAGCAUUGGGACCAGAAUGCGACGGGUGCAGAGGCCUACUGCUGCAGCCAAAUAUUCCAAAUCUGACAUGGUCAAGGAUGAGGGAACAUCUGCUGUGUCCCGGUCACGGAUGGUACGUUUCCCCUCAGGGUCCAGUUCUCCCAAUAUCCUGGCCAGCUUUGCUGGCAAGAGCCGAGUCUGGAUCAUCUCUGCCCCUCAUGCCUCAGAAGGUUACUACCGGCUCAUGAUGAGCCUGCUGAAGAAUGACGUCUACUGCGAAUUGGCUGAGAGGCACAUUCAGCAGAUCGUGUUGUUCCAUGAAGAAGGGGAGGAAGGGGGGAAAGUCCGAAGGAUAACGACAGAAGGGAAAAUCCUGGAGCAGCCUCUGGAUCCCAGCCUCAUUCCUAAGCUCAUGAGCUUUCUGAAACUAGAGAAAGGGAAAUUUGGCAUGGUGUUGCUAAAGAAAACCCUACAGGUAGAGGAAAGGUACCCUUACCCUGUGAGGCUAGAAGCCAUGUACGAAGUCAUUGACCAGAGCCCCAUCAGGAGAAUUGAGAAGAUGAGGCAGAAGGGCUUCAUCCAGAAAUGCAAAGCAGCUGGUGUGGAGGGGCAAGUUGUCGAGGAGGGUAACAAUGGAGCCAGCACCAGACCAACACCGACGGGUGGACAUGUCCACGUGUCAGCAGGGAAGGAGGAGCCCAGGAGAAGCAAUGUUCAGACGAGGACAAAAACAGUAAGGAAGCCAGUCAUGACCACAGUAGCCUCUCCUCCCCCCACCACAAGGGCCACCACCAUCCCUCCCACAACCACAACAACUCGAACUGCCACCCGUGUUCUGACGACAGUAAGCAGACCUAUAACAACAACCACAGCCCUUCCUACCACUCAGAGAAGCUGGACCACAAAGUUGCACACCACUGCAAACUAUCAAAGGCUGCCUUCAGCUACCACCCCUCGAGCCACGGCUACAGAUGAUUUCUACUCUCCUGUGUGGAAUGGGAACCGCAGAGACCGGCACCAAGGCCAUCCAGAAAGACAUGCAGUUGCCACCCAGAGACCAAGCAAAACAGGCAGCUACAACAGCUAUACAGAGGCUCCAACAACUACCUCAGAGCAUUACACAAAAGUGAGCUCAGGCAGAUUCAAAGAGAACCGUACAGACAGGAAAGAUUAUAACCACAGGGAUCCCCAUCUCACACCAAGUCAACACAAGCCAGCCAAAGCCAAGCCACCUAAAAAGAAGGCCCAAGAAAAGAUACUGAGCAAUGAAUAUGAGGAUAAAUACGACCCAAGCAGGCCUCCUAUUCCCCACUUGGAAGAAGAGAUCACAGCUAGAAAUAUCCCACCAAAGAAAGGUAAAGAGUCAAAGAAGCAUGACCUACUAGAAAAACCCGAGAAGAAAAAGAAGAAAGAGAGACCUGAUAAACUUCAAAAGAGUGAGAAGCCAGCCAAGAAAGACAAAGCUGAAAAAAAGAACAAGCAAGAUAAGGACCGCAGCAAGAAGAACAAGAAGGGGAGUAAGGCUGACAAUGAGGGGUUCCUCAAGCCAAACACAAAGCCUUUUGUUCACCCCCCCAGGAAAUCAGUGCUCAACCUCCUGGAUUUUUUUGAAGGCAAGAGGCGACUUCUUCUGAUCACAACACCCAAAGCUGAAAAUACCAUGUAUGUGCAGCAGCGAGACGAAUACCUGGAGAGUUUCUGCAAGAUGGCAACAAGGAAAAUCUCAGUCAUCACCAUUUUUGGCACCAUGAACAACAGCAGCAUGAAAAUUGACCACUUCCAGCUAGAUAAUGAGAAGCCUAUGAAAGUGGUGGAGGAUGAAGACCUUGUGGACCAGCAGCUCAUCAAUGAGCUGAGGAAAGAAUAUGGUAUGACCUACAAUGACUUCUUCAUGGUGCUGACAGAUACAGACAUGAAGGUGAAGCAAUACUAUGAAGUGCCUAUAGCAAUGAAGUCUGUGUUUGAUUUGAUUGACACUUUCCAAUCACGAAUUAAAGACAUGGAAAAGCAGAAAAAGGAGGGGAUUGUCUGCAAAGAAGAUAAGAAACAAUCCCUGGAAAACUUCUUAUCCAGGUUGCGAUGGAGACGGCGCCUGCUGGUGAUCUCAGCAGCCAGCGAUGAGGACUGGGCCUUCUCCCAACAGGUUUCUGCCCUCAGUGGGCAAGCCUGUAAUUUUGGUCUGCGACAUAUCACUGUUCUCAAGCUAUUAGGACUUGGAGAGGAUAUCAGUGGUGUCCUAGAACUAUAUCCCAUCAAUGGGAGCUCCAGUGUUGAACGAGAAGAUCUCCCCGCCAACCUCGUGAAAGACAUCCGCAAUUAUUUCCAAAUCAGCCCCGAGUAUUUCUCCAUGCUUCUGGUUGGGAAAGAUGGAAAUGUUAAAUCCUGGUACCCUUCCCCAAUGUGGUCCAUGGCCAUCGUGUAUGAUCUGAUCGAUUCCAUGCAGCUCCGGCGACAGGAAAUGACCAUUCAGCAGUCACUCGGCAUGCGAUGCCCAGAGGAUGAAUACGGUGGGUAUGGUUACCAUAGCUAUCACCAGGGAUACCAGGAAGGUUACCAAGACGACUACCGUCACCAUGAAAGUUACCACCAUGGAUAUCCAUACUGAAGAAAACUUAACCUUUGACUGACCCCAGCCCUCCUCCUAAUAUAUCCAACUAUGCGCGCCCAGACAUGGAAAUUCUUCCCAAGCUGCCUAAAUGUCCAUGUCUCUCUCUUUCAACAGUCAAUCGGAGGACUAAAUUCUUGAAAAUGCACCAGCCUUUACAGUGAAAUAUUUCAAACCCAUAGUAUUCAUGCUUUAAGCAAUUCAGACACUUUUAUGUGUUUAACCCCUUGUAACCACAGGGCAUCAGCAAUUGCUGUUUGCUUGUAUUAAACACAACAAAUCUUUCUCGUUCUCCCCCUUUGGCCAUGGACAUUCUAAUGUAGGCAGGACACAAACUGUGUGAUAGACAUUGUAACGCUUUUAUAUAUAUAUAUAUAUAUAUAUAUAUAUUAUAUUAUUUUUCAAAGAGAAAAACAGAGUAUAUUUAUUGGAAAAUAAGAAUUUCGUAUCAUGCUGAUGAAGACCUGCAGAGGAUUGCACCACAAGAAUUUCCCACAUAACAAGAUUUUAGGAAAGAAGUAUAGGGAAAAUUUUUUAAAAGAAUUUUCUUUAAAUCCUUUUAGAAUAUCUGACUGCAUAAAAAGACUACAUCUCUUAUGACAAACCAGCUUUGCACUUACCAACUUCCAUUCAUCACCUUCCAAAAUGGAAAUGUAAAGGCUGUUAGAGGAUUUGUUACAAUACAGUG